GCAUUCAUUCAAGCGCGACACACAUAACAUAACAAAAGAAAACACAAACACCCUCUUCUCUAGGGUUGAAAAUCGCGGGAUUGAAGAGGAAAAAUCAAUUGAGUAAUCGAGUUACGUUCAUCGAUGGGCAGCAAGUUAAUCGGAUCGCACCGAAACGAACGAACCGAAAAAAUAAAUAAAUCAUAAUUGCGUUGAGUGCAGCCGAUGCGAGUGGAGGCGGCAGCAGCAGAGUCCAGAGGAAUGGAUGAGUUGGACAAAUGCAGCUGACGAGGCCGAGGUUCUGGGCCCUUGGACUGCUGAUCACCUUGUACCUGGUGGGCGUUCUCCUUCUGUCCGCAGUCACUCUGCACGAACCCAAAACCAACGGAUUCGCAUCCAGAUCGAAUGAACAAUCCCAAUCGCUGCUCUCCUCCAAGAGUAAACCGUACAGAAGAUCGCGCAUCCAGUGGUGCUCCGAUCUGAGUUACCGGAAGGUUCCGAAAGAGUCCGUCGCUCUGGCUUCGUUCCCCGGCAGCGGAAACACCUGGUUGAGAUACUUGCUGCAGCAGGCGACGGGCACGCUCACCGGGUCCGUCUACAAGGAUUACGGCCUCCUGAAGAACGGUUUUCCCGCGGAGAGCACCACCAACGGGUCCGUGCUCGUCGUCAAAACGCACGAAUGGGGUCCGUUGGCGCGCAAGCAGUUCCAGAGAGCGGUGCUCCUGGUGCGCGCACCGGGUCCGGCGAUCCAAGCGGAAUUCAAUCGGCAAUCCGGCGGACACGUCGGUUUCGCAUCGCCGGAUCGUUACAGAAGGAUGAAAGGCAAAUAUUGGCGUCAAUUCGUUUAUGACAAAUUGGGCGCUUGGAAGAAAUCGAAUCUGGACUGGCUGAAGAACUUCUCGGGACCAACGCACGUCAUCUUCUACGAGCAGCUCGUGGAGAACGUCGAGAACACUCUCAGAUCCGUCCUCGAGUUCCUCCAGUUCCCAGUCAACCCCGGACAGUUGAAAUGCGCCGUCGAUCGACAAGAAGGUAUUUACAGACGGAAGAAGCGAGUGCUCAACUUUGACCCGUUCUCACCGGAGAUGAAGGCGCGCAUGAAGAAGGAGCAGGAGGAAGUGUACGAAGCCAUCUACAAGAUAGCUGCACCCUCCGACAACAAAAACAACAACAGCAACAAGAAGUGAACUCUUUCGAUCUUCUUUCAACAGAGAAAAAGAACAAAUAAGAAAGUCGUCUUCCCAGCAAAGCAGCAGCAAGAAAUGAAUCAAAACUAUUUUUGGAAAUGCAUAUUUUUUAAUGUGAGAAACCCUUGAGCCUAAACCAACACUAUCAAACUACUAAUACUAAUUUAAUUGUAAUUAUCCACGAACCGAUUUUCAAUUUUCUUCUGAUUUCGGCCUAUAUUUUUGCGUGUGCGAACUACAAACAUAUACGAAAAUACAUGCGUAGGACCAAGAACUAUUUUAUUUUUGGACGUGGGAAGCAAGUGUUAGGUAAUUCUUUUGUUUUGUAUAUAAG